AAGAUGUUGUUAGAACCAGUGAGUCACGCAACAAGUUAAUUGAAGCCGAGCUCCAUAUAUGCCAAAAUCAAGAAAUUAGGGUUUUCUUCUCCCGUGCAAUUCCCCUUUCAGAGACUAUGGUUCCACAGACAGUGAUAACGCAAGUCUCCGAUUCACGUGGCGUGAUUUCAAAUGGUUCAACCCACGGGUUCUACGAUUGGCUAUUCGAAUGUCACGGGUUCUGGCACAAUGCCAUUCUCAUCAUUCCCUCCUUCCUCUUCGUCCUGUACCUGAUACUUCAAGCCAGACACAGCUUCCCCAAACUCUCUCUUUCUCGCUCAUACAUCAUCCUUUCGUAUAACGCCUCGCUCUGGCUCGCCACACUUCUCAAUCUUGCUUGGUGCUUUUUCCAGGCAUGGGAGUGCACAUCUAGGAGAGAGUUGUCAUGGAACUUGCUAUCAUUGUUUACUACUUCCGGAAUGCUGUUUUUGGAAGUGAGCUUGGUGGCUUUUUUACUUCAAGGAAAUAAUGCAGGUGGCUUAGAAGCAAUGAAGCGGACUUUUGGUAUCUCAACGCUUGUUGUUGGCUUGGAUAUACUGCUGAAGGCUUUAUAUGUUCUUGUGUUUGGGAUCCCAUUAUUUGUCGACAGCAAUGAAAAUAGGAAUCAUGUGAAAUGGAGCUUGUUGAUUGUCCACAAGCUGUUGCUCACUGCUGCUUAUGGCUUCCUAAUGUUUAUGUACCAUUCCGGAUGGAGAGAAACGUUGCCUGCGAAAAUUGCCUUUUACAAGUAUGUUGCUGUCAUGUUCAUUUUUAAUGCGAUUGCAACAAUUGCUUGUGGCCUCACUGGAAACGGUGUUGCAUUUGGUUUCUGGUUGUAUCGUGUGGCGGUUGUCUUUUAUCAUGCAUUUUACCUUCCUUUUUUGUUCAUAACAUUCCAAACAGACUUUUUUCAGGAAGAAAAUUUUCAUUUGGAAAACGUGUAUUAUUCCGAGAUGAAAGAUGCGGGUUUCUUCGACACAGAUUGGGAAUAAUGUUAUCAGCUAAAUCAAGGUUGUAUCAGUAUCAGGACUAUGUAAAUACAAUAACUAUUCUAGCAGAUUGCAAUAUCAUGUACAAAGAUGUUUAUCUGUAGAACCUCAAAGUGUUCUGUUAUUAAAUGAACAUGACUUUUAACGUA